UGGUCGCAACGGAAAUGUAAACAUGCACAGAUAAUUUCGUUAGUUUUAUGAUUUUAGUGCUUUUAAUUUAAAUUAAGUUGCGUUGGAUAAAUAAUUAUUUACUAUUAUUAUACAUUUGAGGUUUGCCGUUGUAUUUUUUUUAUAAUGAUACUAAAAAUCUGUUCUGUGACUAAUGUGAAGAUAGGCAAAAGCGCAUUGUAGCGCUGUAGGAUUUGGAGUUCACUAAUGGCGGACAGUAAUAAUUUUGAAAGUGUCGUGGUUCUAUUGUUCUGUAUAAAUUUUUAUCUGUCAGUAAAAUCUAGUUUUUGAUGUUUAGAAUUAGAUGUUUUGAAAUGUGUUGUUAAUAUUUGUGAUAUAAGAAUACCGAAACGAUCAUGACAAAAGCGACCGCUAGCUGUGUAACCUUUUCUAUAACCUCGUUGGAGCGAAUUGAGUAGAUAUGUGAUCGAUGUGUGUGCGUCGGUGAACGAUUUCUCGUCAUUUCGCUUUAAAAUAGUGAGAAGUAUUUCGUGAUUUUAGUGAUGGAAGUGUCUGCGUCGCGAUUUAGCAAUCCGACGCCUGUUUUCGAUGUAACGUAAGUGAGCCGGUCGAUCGCUAGAGGUAGUGUAAGCACUAAGCAGGGACGGCCGCUUCCAGCCGAACAUGGCUGCUACGCAGGCCGAGUCUCAGCGAAGCGAGACGAACGUAGAUCAGGGUACACCAGAGCAGCUAAAUGAAUCUCGAAACGCUCUUUUACAAAACGGCACUGAUAAAUCUGUCGGGCGCGUUCCGCUCGAUGGCGUUGUGAAUACAAAGAGUAAAUCGCCGAUGUCAGUCGAGGCAGGCCAGCAUAGAGACGCAGGAGAGGUGCCAGGUCUCGAGCGAGGCGGAGAAAGGCCAGGGCCGGAGCAAUACGGAGCGUAUAGGUACGCGGAAGGCGCGGAUCCAUAUUUUGCUCAGCGGCCGGGUUUUGCCGGCAAACCGAGACCUCCGCCACAACAACGAUUCUUCCCCGGUCAGGCAGUGUCUCAAGCCCCUGGCCCUACACCCACUCUCAACUCAUUGCUUCAGUCAAGUGGAGCCCCACCACACCGGUAUCCUAACAGUUAUGAGCAGCCCCCCGCAGGCUAUGGACCUAAUCCAGGAUGGCCACCACCAAGGCCAAUGCCUCCUUACAAUCCCCAGGGAAGUCCAUAUAGAAAUUCAACUCCACCACGAGGCUACGGGCCCCCGUAUGGUGCGGGUGCGCCUGGUGGUCCUCAGCAGCCCCCGGGUGCCUACGGACCUCCGGGGUCGUACCAGCCGCGGUACGCACCACCGCCAGGCGCUCCCAACUCGAGACCGCCGUUCUCCCCCCAUCAGGGAUACGAGCGCGGUGGCUCUCCUCAGCCACCCAGCCCCGGCUCGCUGUCGCCCAACCAGGACGCUCAGCAUCCGCCGCACUUGGCCGCGGCCGCGCAGCCACCGCCUCAUCAGGGAUAUGCACCGCAGCCAAGGCCGCCCCAGCCAUCCACACCGAAUGCGCAUGAGCAGGACUCGGAUCUGACCGGGCCGAACAGCAAUGACUCUGGCGGCAGUGGCGGCGCCGGGCGCUCCACCACGCCGCACCUGAGGCCCACGCCGAGCCCCACCGGCUCCAGCGGCUCGCGAUCCAUGUCACCGGCUGUCGGUACGCAGAACGUUCCCAUGCCACCGCGGCCGUCAUCGUCCCUGUCGGACGGCGGGGGCCCCACGGUGCGCGCGGGGGCGCCGGGCGCCGGGGGCCCGCAGGCCGGGGCCCCGCUGCUGCCGGCGCCGUACCCGCCGCACGGGCCCUACAAGCCGGCGCCCUACCCGCCGCAGCCCUACGGCUACCCGCCGCCGCGCAACCACCACCCCUACCCGUACGGCUACCGCCCCGCGCCGCCGCACCCCUCGCAACACUAUCCGCCCAUGAAGCAGGCGGGUGUUGGACGGCACAUGGGUCCCCCCGGCGAGGCCAUGGGUCCUCCCACGGCGCCAGGCGAGGCGCACGACAAUGGACCCGCUCCGCCCGCUACUGCACUCGUCACCACUGGGCCCGACGGUGCGCUCGACGAGGCCAGCCAACAAAGUACACUCAGCAAUGCAUCAGCAGCGUCGGGUGAGGAGGCGGUCGGGCCCGCCAAGCCGCGCAAGGAGUACGGCAGCGCGGCGCCCUCGCCCUCGCCCGGCGGCGGCUCGCACUCGCACGACGACUACGACCCCGCGCCCUCGCCCUGGCCGCGCCCGCCCUCCAGCCCGGUGUUUAACAGUCACAUAGCGCCGGAGUCCUACAGAACAAAGAAGUCCGACUCGCUGGGCAAGCUGUACGAGAUGGACGACGCGCCCGAGCGGCGCGGCUGGGUGGAGCGGCUGCUGGCCUUCAUGGACGAGCGCCGCACGCCCAUCGCCGCCUGCCCCACCAUCUCUAAGCAGCCGCUGGACCUGUACCGCCUGUACCUGCUGGUGCGCGACCGCGGCGGCUUCGUCGAGGUUACAAAGAAUAAGACAUGGAAAGACAUAGCUGGUUUGCUGGGCAUUGGAGCGUCAUCGUCGGCCGCGUACACACUCCGCAAGCACUACACGAAGAAUCUACUCGCGUACGAGUGUCACUUCGACCGCGGCGGCAUCGAUCCUCAGCCGAUUAUCAACCAGGUCGAGGCCUCCACCAAGAAGAAGAGCGGCAAGGCUAACAACACGGCCAAUGCAGGUGGGUCCAACAACACGGAACAGUUCAGCGCGGCGACCGCAGCGCCGCCAGCGCCCAUGGACGGCUACCCCGCGCACUACGCGCCCUACCCGCCGCAGCCCGCGACGCAGAGCGGGCCCGGGGGCGACAACCUGGCCGCCUCCAACCCGUUCGACGAGCCGCCCGGGCCUCGGAGACCGCCAGGUUACCAACAAGGCUAUGGCUAUGAGUAUGGAUCACCAUAUCCUUCAAAUAGGCCUGUAUAUCCACCGUAUGGUCCUGAGGGUGACAGGGGCUACGGUUCCGGCGAGUACCGCUACGCCGGCUACGGGGGCCAGUACCGCGCGGGGGCCCCGGGGCCCGGAGCCGCGCCGGGGCCCGCCCCCGCUGCCCCCGCGGCCGCCGGCGGCGCGCCCCCCGCGCAGCCCUACCCGGACUACUACCGCGCGCCGCACCCGCACCAGCACCCGCCGCAGCAUCCACCGCAACACCCGCCGCAACAUCCACCUCAACAUCCACCUCAGCACCCGUCACAGCAUCCGUCGCAGCAUCCGCCGCAGCAUCCGCCACAACAUCCGCCGCAACAUCCGCCGCAACAUCCGCCACACUCGCCACAACAACCGCACGAGAUGGCUGGUUGCGGCAACCUGAUGAGCUCUCAACUCGCGCGCCAGCUGGUCGCCCCGCUGCCGAAUGCGUCGCGACCCUACUAUGGUGGUGGCAAAGGUGCACCUCCUCCUGUGAAUGCGGGGCCUCCAGGCGCUGCCGGGGCACCUCGUCGCCACCCAGACUUCGCAAAAUCCGAGGGCUACAAUGCACCACAGCCUGGUGCUCCCAGUCCGGCGGGGCCCCGGUUUGGGGCCGCCUGGGGCCCGGCUUUUCCCCGCGCGUCAUCGCCCGCAUGGCGACCGCCUCACCAUGCGCCGAUGCCGCAUCAGCACCAGCCGGGAUGGCCACCGCAACAUCAGCAACACCAGGCUUAUCAUGCGCCGGGAGGUUCAACGGGUGUCGGACAAUUAAAGCGAGAGUUGAUAUUCCCUGCGGAGUGCGUUGAGGCAACGGUACCGGCGCCUGAAAAACGACGGCGGUUGACAAAGGGAGAUGUCGCACCCGUCGACGCAUGGCGAAUUAUCAUGGCGCUCAAGUCCGGCCUACUCGCGGAAACUUGUUGGGGGCUCGACAUACUCAACAUUCUCCUGUUUGAUGACAAUUGCAUACCAUACUUUGGUCUCCAUAAUAUGCCGGGUUUGUUAGACCUUCUCCUAGAACACUUCCAUCGAAGCAUUAGCGACGUGUUCGACUCGCCCCCGACGCAGAAUGAACCAUGGUACGCGCCGCCUCCCAGUCCCGAACCGCCCAAACCCUCAACGAAGCGUUUCGAUCCACCAGAUCCUAAUGAUAGAAUACAAGUUAUAAGCGGAGAGAACUACACACUACAAUCCCGCCGUCGGGUCCCCGUCAUAUUCGCGAGCAAGACUGAUGACGAAUCUCUAUUCGCGCCAGAGGACCCCGAACCAGACUCCAAUGUAGAUGACAUAAUGGAGCCUUGGCAGGCGGGUGACGCGACGAGCUCGGCUCAUAUGAUGUCGUGUUUCCGCGCCGAGUUCGUCUACCUGCCCUUCGCUCGGGUCUUGCCCGGAGACAGGCGAGCAUCGCCGCCCGCAACACCUGCGUCAACGCGGUCCGAAGAUCCCAGUGAUCCCCCCGCACCUCCCGACCUCAGCGACCCGCCCCCCGACCCCGAAGAAACAACGCACACUACUGACGAAGGGGACAACCUAGAAUCUGAACCGAUGGAUAUCGAGCCUGAACGAAAACCAACGUUACAAAUCAAAGAUCCCGCAGGGGUGCUCAAGCGGAGACGUCUAGAGGACUACGAGGACGAGUGUUACACGCGCGACGAGCCCAGCCUCAACUUGAUAAGCGAAACGCGAGACGCGCUCGCCAAGCGGUGCAUAGCGCUGUCCAACAUCCUGCGGGGACUGACGUUCGUGCCCGGCAACGAGGCGGAGUUCGCCCGCUCCGGUGCCUUCCUCGCGCUGGCCGGCAAGCUGCUGCUGCUGCACCACGAGCACGCGCCCCGCGCGGCGCGGGCGCGGGCCUACGAGCGGGCGGCCCGCGACGAGGCGGACGCCGGCGCGAGCUGCUCCAGCCUGCGCGGCGAGGGCGAGUGGUGGUGGGACACGCUGGCGCAGCUGCGCGAGGACGCGCUGGUGUGCUGCGCCAACGUGGCGGGCGGCGUGGCGCUGCGCGGGCUGCCCGAGGCCGUGGCGCGCCCGCUGCUGGACGGGCUGCUGCACUGGGCCGUGUGCCCGGCCGCCGUGGCCGGCGACGCGCCGCCCGCCGCCUCGCCCGCGUCGCCGCUGUCGCCGCGCCGGCUGGCGCUGGAGGCGCUCUGCAAGCUGUGCGUGACGGACGCCAACGUGGACCUGGUGCUGGCCACGCCGCCGCGCGGCCGCAUCGGCGCGCUGUGCGCCGGCCUGGCGCGCGACCUGUGCCGGCCCGAGCGGCCCGUGCUGCGCGAGUUCGCCGUCAACCUGCUGCACUACCUGGCGGGCGCAGGCGGCUCGGCUGCGCGCGAGGUGGCGACGCACGCGCCGGCCGUGGCGCAGCUCGUGGCCUUCAUCGAGCGCGCCGAGCAGACGGCGCUGGGCGUGGCCAACCAGCACGGCGUGGGCGCGCUGCGCGACAACCCCGACGCCAUGGGCACGUCGCUGGACAUGCUGCGCCGCGCCGCCGCCACGCUGCUGCGCCUGGCGCGCCACCCCGAGAACCGCCCGCUCAUCCGGCGCCACGAGCGGCGCCUGCUGUCGCUCGUCAUGAGCCAGAUCCUCGACCAGAAGGUGGCGCACGAGCUGGCCGACGUGCUGUACCACUGCAGCCGGAGCGAGUGCGACGAAGUGCGGGAAGAGUGAAGUGACAGUGACGCUAGUCGCGAGUGAACAGUGCGUCGAGUGGGCGGAGCGCGGGAGCGAGCCCGUGUACAUAUAGCGAUACGGCCCGUCCGCGCCGCUCUCACACUUAGACGUGUCCGAGUGUUAGCUGUACAAUCUGAAUUUUGUUAUUUAUGUCCACGAUGAUUUAUUUACAAUGUCAAUGUGCUAUAAUCGAUUUCUAUUGUUCGAUUGAAAAACAGAUGUAUUAUAACUCGUAAUUUUGAUUUUUAUAAUAAAAUGGGACUUGAAUCUGUUGAUUGGUUUUAUGAUGGAUAUUUUAGUGUAAACACCUUUAGAGCCUUCAAUAUUGAGGUGAUGACGAGGAGCUUAUGUGGGCUAUAAGUUUUAGUUAAGUUUAAUGUGAAUUAUUACAAUAAUCUAUAAUAUAUUGAAAUUGAAUCUGA